AUGGUGCAAGCGAUCCCCGAAAUAAGCAGGCAAUGGAAGGUUGUCGGUGAAAAUGGAUUAGAUCCUCUACAGUUUUCGGAUGAGAAGUCUCCAGAGGUCGGUGAUAGCCAGGUUCUAGUCAAAAUACAAGGCGCCACCUUGAACUACCGAGAUGUCACAAUUACUGAGGGCACAUACCCUUGGGACGUCAAACCGGACGUUGUCCCAGGGUCUGACGGCGCAGGCACAGUACUAGCUGUCGGAAAGCAUGUUACCCGAUUCAAACCAGGCGAUGAAGUGGUUACGGCGCUAGCUCAGAGAUACGUCGCAGGUCCACUCAGCGACGACCUUCCACAGUCUGGACUUGGUGCCGUACUCGAUGGCACUUUUCGCACCAUCGGGGUCUUCGGCGAGCAGGGUCUCGUCCCGCUGCCUCGAGGCUUGAGCUUCAUUGAGGGCGCAGCCCUGACUUGUGCUGGUGUUACUGCUUGGAACGCCCUCUUUGGACUACCCGGCAGGCAAGUCUCGGCCGGGCAAUGGGUUCUCACGCAGGGUACGGGCGGAGUAAGCAUCUUUGCCAUUCAAUUCGCCAAAGCCGUCGGAGCGAGGGUCAUUGCCACCACUAGCUCUGCCGAGAAGGCCAAACUUCUUGAGAGGCUCGGUGUUGACCAUAUCAUCAACUUUCGUGAGACGGUCGAUUGGGGAAAAGAGGCCAAAAGGUUGACCGGAGGCGUUGGCGUGGAUUUGGUCGUCGAAGUUGCGGGACCAAAGACUCUGAGACAAAGUCUUGUCAGCUGCAGACUAGACGGAACUAUCAUCACCACGGGGUUUGCUGGCGGUAACCCGUCUGAGCACGACAUGCCAACGUUUUUGGAUUCGUGGCUGAGCCUAGUUACGGUUCGAGGAGUUUGGUGUGGCAGUCGGCUACAGCUUGAAGAGAUGUCUCGAGCCAUCGAGGCCGACGUAGACAGGUUGCGCCCUGUCAUUGAUCCCAAGGUCUUCAAUCUGGAACAACUAAAGGAGGCGUACGAGUAUCUGCAGUCAGGAAAACACCAAGGAAAAGUUGGCAUUGAGAUCAAUUGA